UCUCUCAGAGUCUCAACAUGUUUAGGAACAUCGUCUUCCAAAGGUUUGACCCUGUUGCUUAUGUUUCCGUGCCUCUUCUACUCACACCCAUUAGACCCAUUUCCCAUUCUUCUGCCCCAUUUCUCUCCAAACUCAAACCCACUUUCCCCCUUAUAUCUUCUUCUUCUUCUUCUCCUUUUUGUUAUUCAUUUUUCUCUGCUACCACUCCACCACAACGACCCCCAUCUCGCCGGAAUCUCACCUCUUUUUCUCCGCCGUCCACCAUGCUGCACCACGACCCUCUAGUCUCCGACAUUUGUGCCACCGCUCUUUCUGGCGUUGUGGCCCUUUCCAUCCUUAGAUUGUGGCAAGAAACUGCAAAACGAGGACUCUUUGACCAGAAAUUGAAUAGGAAACUUGUACAUAUAAGCAUUGGGCUCGUAUUCAUGCUGUGCUGGCCACUAUUCAGUACUGACAAUUGGGCAUCAAUCUUAGCUGCUCUUAUUCCGGGAGUCAAUAUAAUUAGGAUGCUUAUUACUGGACUUGGAAUAUAUAAAGAUGAGGCCACAGUGAAAGCAAUGAGCAGAUUUGGAGAUUACAGGGAGCUUCUUAAAGGACCACUGUAUUAUGCCUCAACUAUUACUUUGGCAUGCAUAAUUUACUGGAGAACUUCACCUAUUUCCAUUGCUGCAAUAUGCAAUCUGUGUGCAGGAGAUGGUAUGGCUGACGUUAUUGGAAGGAGAUUUGGUGGCAAAAAGAUACCUUACAAUAAAAACAAGUCCUAUGCUGGUUCAAUUGCAAUGGCAUCUGCUGGAUUCUUAGCUUCUAUUGGGUAUAUGUGGUAUUUUUCCUCAUUUGGAUUUAUAGAAGGAAGCUGGGAAAUGAUUCUGGGUUUUCUAAUUGUGUCUAUUGUCACAGCAUUUGUGGAGUCCCUUCCUAUCAGCACAGAGCUUGAUGAUAACCUCACAGUUCCCCUCACUUCCAUAUUGGUGGGGACUAUUGUUUUCUGAUUUAAGCAUAUUGUAGUAACAAAGUAGGCAAGUUUAGGAAUUAGUUCUAGUUCUCUACAUGUUUCAAUCUACUAAAGAAACAGACUGUCUUGUUAACACAAAAAAAAGAUUGGUGCUUGUAGUGUAUCUUCAUUUAUCAAUUCUAUUAUAAUGCAGACAGUGCAAUUUUUAGUCUAGUUGUGU